UGGAGGACUAGCGCGACCGUCGCCGCCGUCCCCGGCGUCCACGUCGCCUCCCCCGCACCGCCAGAACCAGUCGAAGUCCCUCUUGUUUUGCAAACGGCAUGGACCAACCACCUCCUACUGUCCAGCAAAAGUACCAGCCGCCCCAGGGUCCCAUUCCCCGACCCUUCGGGACACCUCUGAACGGCGCCAUCGCGCUCCAGCAUGAAGACCCGCGCACACGCCUCGAAGACGCGCUGAAGCGGUCCGUCACUGUCGUCUUCUGGUACAAGCCCGACAGCCCGCCGAUUCGGCUGCACGGCGAAGUCGCGACGUUCCCGCUUUUCCAGCUCUCACAGUUCGCGCAUCUCGCCGCCGAUCUGGGGCUCGCGCCCGCGGCGUAUGUAGACGCAUACAACCCGUACGCACGCGCUUGGGAGCAACAGACGAUCAGCGCCGUCCGCGCGGUAGAGAGCGAGCAGCGGCUGCUGUUCCGUGGUCUUGAGGACAGUGAAUGCCCUAGCCUCGGUGAGGAAAUCUGUCUGCAGCCUCCACCUCCCGUCGUCGCUUCCAAGAAGCGUUCCUCGCCGGACAUGAAGUACGCAAGAGUAGAACCCUCCCCGCCCCGUCCCAUGUCGCCUGGCGCGAGCACCAUGCCCUCCCCUUUCGUCGCCGUCGACCCGUGUCCCUCCAAACAAUCCCCCGACUUCGAGGGCGCGCCCACCCAGCUCACAUUCCAAACGCUCCCGCUCGUGAAGCGCUGGCCGAACGACUACACCGUGUUCGAGCUCUCCGCCGGCUUUCGGCAGAUGGACGUGCUCGUCGCGCAGCAGCCGUCGCUCACGCAACGUACCGCGUUCGAGCGCGUGUUCCACUGCCGGUACGUCAAGUCGACCGUGUGUCGGCAUCGCGGGGUGUGGCGGCGCGCGCCGAAGGAGCUCCGCGAGACGUUCGAGCGCAUGGGCCAGGACGAGCGCGGGCUCUGGAGCGAGUUCCUCAAGCGCAUCGAGGGCGGGACCGGGCGGACGGACACGGUGGGGAGGAAGAAGCAGCUGGCGGCGAUGGCGGAAGCGGGGACGGACGGCGAUGAGCAGGUCAUGCUGACGUCGCAGUCUGAUGCUGUGGCAGAUGAUGACAGCGGGCCUGUGAUGGACUUGUAUGGCGAAGAUGACGAAUCUCAGCGGAUCGACUUGGGUGCACCGUCGGGACUCGGCAUACAUGCGGGAGGUCAGUACUACAACCAGUGCGACCUUGGCGGUUGAGUUGAUGUUGAGGCAACACAGGCUGCGGCGGGGAUGCGAAUCAUAGCGGUUUACCCGGGGACGUAUCUUAGUCUGCGUGUAAGUACAAUACCAUCGCCUGUCUUAUCUGCGUAGUAAGUUAAGCCAUAUACUGUCCCGUUCUAUGUUUGCCGCAUCUGAUCCUUUUCGGCUGUCCGUCAGACCAGCUUGUCUCAAAGGAGGCAAAGUGUUUUAGGCUCAGUAUGUCGACAUGUAACAUCGACACGGUAUACCGCGUCCAACGAUAUGGCGAAACAGUCCAUGACACCACGUUCUCGCUGCACACGGGUAAACGAUAGUAUCUCUUUUUGCUCAGUCAGCUUCCACAGCGAAUACAGCAUGCUGCCGAUACAGCUUCACACAUAGUCGAGG